UGCAAAUCUACCCCCGUCACUCACACUCACACACUCAGGCCAAGAAAAUAGUGUGAUACCUGAGGGAGCGGCGGCGAUCAGCUGGCGUUGCAAGGAGAUGCGUCUUCCCGUUACCAUGUUAGCGGCGCAGGCAACAGCUGUGGUGUGUGAUGCCUUGAAAUUUGCUUUAGCAAAGAAUUCUCCAUUGUGGGCCGCUUUGCAAGCCGGCGACUCAGUGACAACAUCGCGAUCAUCGGAAAACUCUGACGUAACAGUUACCGCUGGACUUGUUAUCGCUCACUCCGUCUGUUCGUUGGUCUGGGCGGUGGGAGUGGUCACUAGCCUUUAUUUACUACCGUCUGUCGUCAAGCAGACCUUACCGACUUCUGUCAAGCGUACAGUGGACUCCUCGGUGCCGAAACCUAUGGAAUUCCCCAAUCAUCGCACCCCAAAGCACUCGCUUUCGCGGGGCAUGUCUUCGGACUCGGCCUCCGAUUUUCUCUCCAUGAGGGAUCCUUUCGCUUCCCCUCCUCCUCCGCCUCCUCCCACCGUUAGCCUUGGACUUGCUGAUUUGAAUCGUGUGCAAUUUUGUGACGUAGCGGCCCAAUAUCGUUUUCCCGCGCCGAAAGCUAGGAAGACUAAAGGAGGGCGCAAGAGACGAAUAGGAUUGAGAGUGAGAGCGUUGGAACACCAAGCCUCGGCACAAACUCUACUCCCUUCUCGUCCCCCUCCGGCUUACAUCAAUGAGGGAGAACGCGGUCUUGGAGAUGAGGUCCUAUUGGCACAACUUCUUCUGCAGUCUUUGACAGCGAGUACUGAAGCGGAAGCGCAACCCAGCAGCCCAACGAGCGUGGUAGCAACGAGCCAUGUGCUGUCUUUUCCUGAGCCUACUGCGCAGAUCGAGAGGAUGGGAUCGAGGUGGAGUGCUAGCACAGCGGCUCUAUCGGUAUCGACAGGCACUGUUUGGAGCGAAAAGAAAUCACGGGCUUCCACUAGCACUUCUGCCUCCGCACGUGCAAGUGGGAGGAAGAGUUCGGAGGCGAGGAAAUCAUCCGCUACAGGGUUCUCGGCUUCCUCCGUCCCAUCGACCUGACAAAGACCGCAUAUGUUCACGCCCACUACUUCCUUGUCGGCUUCUCGUCGUCCCUUACGGUUCUUAACUCCUUUUGUGUUGACUCGAC